CUCUCAUUCAAUAUCCACUCACUCACUCUCAUUCCCCUUUCUCCUAUUUCUCUCUACUCCCCUGAAACCUAAAUCCAGAACCUUCUCUGAGAAAUUCGUUGAUUCUCUCACCUAUUCCUUCCGUUUUCUCCGUCAAAAUCUCCAGAUCUACACAGUUUCCUUCUCAGAAACUCCCCGCUCCGCCUAAACCAUGGCUACGAAACUCCCGCUGCAAAGCAGCAACAACAUCAAUGUGGGGAAGGCGCCGGCGGCAUCUCGAGGCGGGAAGACCAUCGAAGAGAUGUACCAGAAGAAAUCGCAGCUGGAGCACAUCUUACUCCGUCCAGAUACUUACAUCGGAUCUAUCGAGAAGCACACCCAGACGCUCUGGGUGUACGAGAAGGAAGAAAUGGUGAAUCGUCCCGUGACUUAUGUACCUGGCCUCUACAAGAUCUUCGACGAGAUACUCGUCAACGCCGCCGACAACAAACAGAGGGAUCCGUCCAUGGACUCCGUCAAAGUGGUGAUCGAUGUUGAGCAGAACCUCAUCAGCGUCUGCAACAGCGGAGAUGGAGUCCCCGUGGAGAUUCAUCAGGAGGAAGGCGUCUAUGUUCCUGAAAUGAUCUUUGGGCAUCUGUUGACCAGCAGCAAUUACGAUGACAAUGUGAAGAAGACCACUGGUGGAAGGAACGGGUAUGGUGCUAAGCUUACAAAUAUAUUCUCGACUGAAUUCACGAUUGAAACUGCCGACGGGAAGAGACUGAAGAAAUACAAGCAGGUGUUUGAGAACAACAUGGGGAAGAAGUCUGAGCCGGUUAUUACCAAGUGCAAUAAGAGCGAGAACUGGACGAAAGUCACAUUUAAACCAGAUUUGGGGAAAUUCAACAUGACUCAUCUAGAAGACGAUGUGGUUGCUCUAAUGAGUAAAAGAGUAUUUGAUAUUGCUGGGUGUUUGGGAAAGUCUGUGAAGGUGGAGCUGAAUGGUAAAAGAGUCCCAAUCAAGUCGUUCAGUGAUUACGUUGAUUUGUAUCUAACUGCAGCCAAUAAAUCAAGGACUGACGACCCUCUUCCAAGGUUUGUCAGCUUUGUCAACUCAAUUGCCACAAUCAAAGGUGGCACACAUGUAGAUUAUGUGACCAGCCAGAUCACAAACUACAUUGUGAACAUCGUGAACAAGAAGAACAAAACCGCUAACGUCAAGGCUCAUAAUGUGAAGAACCACCUGUGGGUAUUUGUCAACGCCCUGAUUGACAAUCCAGCUUUCGAUUCUCAAACGAAAGAAACUCUGACUCUUCGACAGAGCAGUUUCGGGUCCAAAUGCGAACUAUCGGAAGACAUUCUCAAGAAAGUGGCUAAAUCCGGCGUAGUAGAAAAUUUGCUCUCAUGGGCAACUUUCAAGCAGAGCAAAGAACUUAAGAAAAGUGAUGGAUCCAAAACCGAGAGGGUUCUAGUUGAGAAGCUGGAGGAUGCUAACAAAGCUGGAGGGAAAGAGUCCAGAGACUGUACUUUGAUUUUGACUGAAGGAGAUUCAGCUAAAGCUCUAGCUAUGGCGGGGCUGUCUGUCAUUGGUCGUGAUUAUUACGGUGUGUUUCCUCUUCGUGGAAAGUUAUUAAAUGUAAGGGAAGCCAGCACCACUCAGAUCACUAACAAUAAGGAAAUUGAGAACAUCAAGAAGAUCAUUGGACUGAAGCAGAAUGUGGCGUAUGAAAACGUUAACUCACUGAGAUAUGGCCAUAUGAUGAUCAUGACUGAUCAGGAUCACGAUGGUUCUCAUAUUAAGGGGCUCUUAAUUAACUUCAUCCACUCUUUCUGGCCAACAUUACUCAAAGUUCCAUCAUUCCUAGUUGAGUUUAUCACGCCCAUUGUGAAGGCUAAGCACAAGGAUAAAAAAGAACCUCUGUCAUUUUACUCAAUGCCUGAGUACGAAGCCUGGAAAGAAAGUCUGAGAGGUAACGCAACCGGAUGGACAAUCAAGUACUACAAGGGGCUGGGUACUAGUACGUCUAAGGAGGGGCAAGACUACUUUAAAAGACUCGAUCUCCACAAAAAAGAUUUUGUUUGGGAGGAUGAACAAGAUGGAGAAUCUAUCGAGCUUGCUUUCAGUAAAAAGAAAAUCGAAGCUCGAAAAAGCUGGCUUUUGAAUUUUGAGCCUGGCACUCAUCUUGACCAAAAGGAACAGAGAAUCACGUACACUGAUUUUGUGAACAAAGAACUCAUCUUGUUCUCCAUGGCGGAUCUUCAAAGGUCAAUUCCUUCCAUGGUUGAUGGGCUUAAACCGGGUCAGAGGAAGGUUCUUUUUUGUUCGUUUAAGAGGAAUUUCGUCAAGGAAGCCAAGGUUGCCCAAUUCUCUGGUUAUGUAUCAGAGCACUCUGCUUAUCAUCACGGCGAGCAGAGUCUUGCUGGUACCAUCGUCGGUAUGGCCCAAGAUUAUGUGGGCAGCAACAAUAUCAAUCUGCUUCAACCGCUUGGUCAAUUUGGUACACGAUGCUCGGGUGGAAAAGACGCAGCCAGCGCAAGAUACAUUUUUACCAAGCUCUCUCCAGUAACAAGGGUCUUGUUCCCCAAAGAUGACGAUGUCCUCCUUAAUUACUUGAGUGAAGACGGGCAGAAGAUAGAGCCUACUUGGUAUAUGCCGAUCAUUCCAACCGUUCUCGUCAAUGGCUGUGAAGGAAUCGGUACUGGUUGGAGCUCUUUCAUACCAAAUUACAACCCAAGAGAGAUCGUUGCCAACAUAAGGCGUAUGCUUAAUGGUGAAAGUGUGGUGCCUAUGGAUCCAUGGUACCGAGGAUUCAAAGGAACUAUUGAGAAAACUGCAUCCAAGGAAGGCGGGUCAACCUACACUAUCACUGGUGUAUGCGAGGAGAUAGACGAAACAACUCUGCGUAUUACAGAACUACCAAUCCGAAGGUGGACUGAUGACUAUAAGCAAUUCUUGCUAGCAAUGAAGAUAGAUAAUGUCUCCUUUUUUCAGAGUGUUGGGGCAUACUAUGACGACAAGUCCGUGGACUUUGAGCUGAUACUGAGUGAAGAGCACAUGAUGAUAGCUCGGCAAGAGGGAUUUCUGAAAAUGCUCAAACUCACCACGACAAUUGCCACAACUAAUAUGCAUCUAUUUGAUGAAAACGGUGUGAUAAAGAAAUAUGCAACUCCAGAAGAAAUCCUUGAAGAGUUCUUCCACCUCAGGCUCCAAUACUACGAGAUGAGAAAGAGAGUUAUGCUGGAGAACCUGGAACAGGAGCUGCUGAAACUUGAAAACAAAGUGAAGUUUAUUCUUGGAGUUGUAAGUGGAGAAAUCAUAGUGAACAAUAGGAAGAAGGCAGAACUUGUUCAGGAGUUGAGGGAGAGAGGCUUUACACCGUUCCCAAAGAAAGGAAAGCCAGUUGAAGCUGCAGUUGCUGGAGCAAUCGAUGCUAAUGAAGAAAGCUCAGAUGUUAUCGAAGAAAGUUCAAGCGCCACGUUUGUGCUUGGCUCAGAUUAUGACUACUUAUUGGCAAUGGCUAUUUCAACGUUGACCCUAGAGAAAGUCCAGGAGUUGUGUGGAGAUAGAGAUAAAAUGAAGGAAGAAGUUGAAGCCUUGAAGAAAGCCACACCAAGAUCCCUCUGGCUCAGAGACUUAGAGUCUCUUGAUAUGGAACUAGACAAACUUGAUUCGAGCGAUGCUCAAGAGGAGAAAGAGAGACAGACAGCACAAAACAAGCUCAGGGCCAAAGGUGGAGCAGCGCAAAUCAAGCCCAGGGGCAGAGCUGUAGCAAAAAAGCCAGCACCAAAGAAGACCACGAAGAAAGCCAGUGAAUCAGAAACCACAGAGGCUAUGGACACAGAGAACAACGUCGUGGAAGUGGUGAAGCCAAAAGGUAGACAAGCAGCCAGAAAGAAGGCGCCUGCUGCUGCUCCAGCUGCAAAGGCUGAUGAUGAGGAUGAGAUGGUGGAUCUAGCACAAAGGCUUGCUCAGUACAGUUUCGGCACCACCUCUGAGAAUCCAAGCAAAGCAGGUGAAACAUCGAAGCCAAUAGCACUGGAUGACGAUGAUGACGACGAGGUGGUUGAGGUAGUUGCAAAACCAGCGAAAGGAGGAAGAAAACCAGCGGCGAGUAAAGCAGCGAAGCCACCGGCAGCUCCAAGGAAACGAGGACCAGCGGCGAGCAAGAAGCAGGCAGUGACGGAGGUUGUUGUGAGUGUGUCGCCGGAUAAGAAAGUGAGGAAGAUGAGAUCAUCGCCGUUUAACAAGAAGAGUGGAUCAGUGAUGGGGAGGUUGGCUACUAGCAGUAGCAAUGAAGACGAGGAGAAGAGUAGCGAGACUGUUGCGGCGGGGAACGCGUCGAGGCCUCAAAGAGCAACUAGGAAGAUGAGGUAUGUAGAGAGUGAUGAAGAGAGUAGUGCGUCUGGUAAUGACUCCGAGUUUGACGACAUUGAAGACGACGAUGAUGAUGAGUAGAGAGAAGAACCAACUCGGUUCCUUUAGUAAAUUUCCUCCUUGUUUCAUGCUAUCUUUCUCAAACUUUGAAUUCUACUGUCUCUCUUUAUGUUUCUUUUAGACUCUGUGUUUGACCAAGCGAAAGCUUUUGUUUGGUUGAUCUUUAUAACUACAAUCUUAUUAGUGUAUUGGUGGGAUAUUGGUUGCUAAUUUCACUUUAAUAUCUUGGUACACUUUAGCCUAAAAGUUCAAAAACUUCUCUUUUAUAAUUUGUUUUUUUUCUCUUAUA